AUGCACCGAACCCGCUCCUAUAUAUUCCCUGUCUCUCUUGUUCUUGUCUCUCAGCCGCUCUGCUUUCUUCUAACAUGGGUGUUCUUCGAACAGGGUUGCUCGGGCGUUUGCGCUUGGAUAUCUCACUACGACCCUGCCGAAACUUAUCUCUCUUUUAAAAAUUCUGCGGCGGAGAGACGUUGGCGCCGCAGAGAAGCUACAGCGGGUAAAGGAACAUCAUCUGACACUGCUAGUCUGGAACAAUUGAUCCGCAUCUUGCAUUGUGGUUUUAAAUGGGACCGCUUUCCAGUUUUCUGUGCUCUGCUGGCGGGGGGCUCCUCCAUCCUGCCUCGUGCCCUGGAAGUUGUCAGAUUAAGAUUCGCCUCCAGUGGGUAUCUCCAAUCCCUGCCUACGACUGGUAUUCCACUUUCGUCGAACCGGCCGUUGCGGUUCCUAGCGGCCUUCUUGUCCGCCCUGAUCUGCUUUCCAAUCCUCAAUCGUACAGCAAAACAUCCGUACGGCCGGCAUGCGGGACUCGACAAACACGCUUACUCCGAUCAAUCGAGCGUGGCCAAGAAGAAUAAGGACUACGGCAACAGCAACGGCAAUGCCGGCGGCAACGACUUUGACGACAACGACAAGCACCACCUUGCUGGUCGCACCCUAGACUUGACUCUCUUUGCGACAACUAGGGCAGCAGAUGCUAUAGUCAAUCUGUUAUGGUCUCAGUGGAAAACCUCCCCACGUGUCGCGCAUGGCAAAAGCAAGACCGGGCAACGGGUGCGCUCCCUUGCCCCCAAACUCGCAGAUACUGGCCUCUUCGCUAUCAGCUCCGCUAUUGUGAUGUGGGCUUGGUUCUACCUCCCCGAACGACUUCCUUACUCCUAUGGCAAAUGGAUCAGCGAAGCUGCCCAGCUUGAUAGCCGCAUCCUUGAGGCCCUCCGGACUGCCCGCAGAGGUGAGUGGGCCUACGGCCGCGACAACGGCGAUCAAGUGGUCCUCGAAUCCAUGUGUGCAGACUACGGAUGGCCAAUUGAAUGGGGCACUCCCCAAAAGACAGUUCCAAUUCCCUGCGAGAUAGUGCACAUGGGUUGUGGUCCGAACUGUGAAAAAACAGCCAUCUGGCGAUUUGCUAGAGCUUUCAAGUUUGCUUGCGCCACGUACAUUCCACUCCAGAUCGUGAUGCGUUGUCGAUCCCGCAAUCUCAAGACAUACAUCCAUGCUAUCAAGAGCGCGCUACGUUCAUCCACAUUCCUCGGCCUUUUCGUUAGCCUGUUUUAUUAUUCCGUAUGUUUGGCGCGUACAAGGCUGGGACCUAAGCUGUUUAGCUCAAAGACAGUCACACCUAUGAUGUGGGAUUCUGGUCUCUGCAUCGCUGCCGGCUGCGCAAUGUGUGGAUGGAGCAUCUUCGUGGAAUCAGCAGGGAGAAGGCAAGAGAUUAGCAUGUUUGUUGCUCCCAGAGCACUGGCUACACUGCUUCCCCGGGAAUAUGAUAGAAAGGUACACCCUUAA